CAGAGAGAACAGUUUUCUGCUAUUCGCUUCAAAUCCCCAACAGAGAGUUUGGAUUUCAAGAGGAAAAACAUAACUUUAUAGUUUAGUGCACAAUCCAAAGGUCAGUACGAGCGAGAGGGGGUGUGCGCGCACGUGCGCGUUCCCGGCGGUGGGUGGAGCCCGCGUGAACACGCAGGUGUGUGGGAACGCUCACCUGAACACAGACUUCAAACAGAGUUUAAUCAUGAGUUUAUCAGCCUCUGGAUCUUCCUGUAGAAACUCAGCUUGCAUUUUCUUUUUAUUCCUUUAAAUGCUUAAAAAUGGCGGACCAUGAGAACACCGUUCAACACGGAUGAACGGAAAAGCGCGCGAGAACAUGAGGAGGAAUAACAGAAAUACACUGACAGAAUAAAGCAGAAACACGAUGACGAAUCUCCUCAUCUUCAUCGGUGCGAUGCUCUUCACCUUGAUGGUGUGUGUUGACGGGGAGUUCCUCGAUCCGCCGGCGUCCCUGCGCUCGUUCUCCGACACACAGACUCGGCUUCCCUGUCGGUUCGCGGUGGAUGGAGACGAGAAGGUGGUGCAGGUGACCUGGUCCAGACAGAAACCAGGAGGAGAACGAGAACAGAUCAUCACAGGACACUUCACUGACGGACCCAAAGCGUCUCCUGAUUUCCUGAAGCGCGUCCGGUUCGAGAGCUCUGACCCGACGCUCGACUCGACGCUGCUGAUCCUGAACACGAAGAAGGCGGAUCAGGCCACGUACACCUGCCACAUCUCCACCUUUCCCUCGGGAAACUUCGAGACGCACGUCAGCCUGACCGUCUGGAUUCUGCCCAUCUCGUCUCUGGAUCCGGUGAUCCUGCAGGAGGGACAGUCGUUUCGUUCGGCCGCCUCGUGUCGUUCGGUCGCUCACCCGCCGCCGCUGCUGUCCUGGGACACGGAUGUUGCCGGGCGGGUGCAGAACCGGAGCGGGGAGGACGGGGUCGUGACCUCGCAGUUUUCCCUGCAUCCGCUGCGCAGCAUGAACGGCCAGAGGCUCGACUGUCUGGUGUGGCACCCGGCGCUCGACGGCCCGCGCAGACUCAGCAACACACUCGUCGUGCACUUUCCUCCAGACGCAGAGAUCGUUGGUUCUGGCCCGUGGAGGCGGGGUCAGGUGGGGUCAGAGCUCAGGUGUGUGGUGAACGGGAACCCGCGGCCGCAGAACAUCAGCUGGAGCAGGCAGGACGGGCGUCUGCCGGAGAGUGUGUCGGUGCAGGGAGAGAGGCUGGUGUUCGCUCGGCCGCUGAACGUGUCGGAUGAGGGUCUGUACGUGUGCCACACUGGGAACAUCAUGGGAACCACCAAAGCCCAGUUUAAACUGGAGAUCGGACGCGAGAUCGAGCGGCGUGCGGGUGAGUGGUCAGACCUGAUGAAGAGCCCAUCGGAGUCGCUCCUCAUCAUCAUGGGCGCGUCAGUCGUCGGGGCGCUAGUCCUCCUCGUCGUCAUCACCAUCGUCUUCGUCAACUGUCACCUCCGACGCAAGAACAAGAAGCUGAAGCGGGCGCUCAGCGCGAGAACGGUGGAGAUGAUCAGUCUGUCGAGGCAGGUGUCGAUGAGGAGACUCGACUCCAUCACCUCUGACCCCAGGACUGCGGCUGAAGAGAAUUCACUGAUAAUGAACAGAGGGAUGAAGAGCAGCGCUUUAUCAGUGUCGAAUCACUCCAUUCUGAGUGACGCCCGAGGUCGACUCGCAGACGGAGAGUUCGACAGCCUUGGUCGCCCCGCGAUUUACCCGCCGCACCGGCAGAGGCGGAGAGAGGCGGAGGAGGACGAGCGAAGGCGGAGAGUCGAGUCUUACGUCAAGGCCAGCAAUCUGUCUCUGGAUUCAGGACUCCACCGGGAUCAGAGUUCUCCUCCUCGCUCCGUCAGCUCCGGCCCGACGGCGGAGGCGUUUGGAGACGCGUGGAGGCGCGGAUCUCGCAGGGAGAUUCACCGAGAGAAAGACCUGAGAGAGAGAAUCCCUGAGGGAGAGGAGGGAGACUCGCAGGAGUUAUCCGAGGCGCUCUCCAACUACUUCCAGUGCAGCAACAGCGGCCUGACGCCCAAGCAGAACCCCAACGCUAUCAUCAUACACACACGCAGAUCGGUCCUCUGAUGGGGGAACCAAACACACACACACACACUCACUCACACACACACACACGCAGAUCGGUCCUCUGA